AUGAGUGACAUUGAAAGUUUACGUCAAGAAGCCGAGUCGCUCAAAAAUCAAAUUCGUGAUGCCAGAAAGGCAGCUUGUGAUGCUACUCUAUUACAAGUAGCACAAAAUGUGGAUCAGAUUGGUCGUAUUCAAAUGCGUACAAGACGAACUCUUCGUGGUCAUCUUGCCAAAAUUUAUGCCAUGCAUUGGGGUUCCGAUUCAAGCUCCUCCUCUAGAAACUUAGUAUCAGCUUCUCAAGAUGGAAAACUCAUUGUAUGGGAUUCAUACACUACGAACAAGGUUCACGCUAUCCCACUACGUUCAUCAUGGGUGAUGACAUGUGCCUAUGCACCAUCUGGAAAUUUUGUAGCUUGUGGUGGUCUUGAUAAUAUUUGUUCAAUUUAUUCAUUAAAAACACGUGAAGGCAAUGUACGUGUUAGUCGAGAAUUACCCGGUCAUACGGGAUAUUUAUCGUGCUGUCGUUUUCUUGAUGAUUCUCAAAUUGUGACAAGUUCAGGCGAUAUGACAUGUGCCCUGUGGGAUAUUGAAACUGGACAACAAACAACUAGUUUUCAAGGACACACAGGUGAUGUUAUGUCACUUUCAUUAUCACCCGAUAUGAAAACAUUUGUUUCGGGUGCAUGCGAUGCCUCUGCCAAACUUUGGGAUAUACGAGAAGGCAUGUGUAAACAAACAUUUCCCGGCCAUGAGUCGGAUAUCAAUGCUGUUACCUUCUUUCCAAAUGGAUCGGCAUUUGCUACAGGAUCUGAUGAUGCAACUUGUCGUCUAUUCGAUAUUCGUGCUGAUCAAGAAGUAGGAAUGUAUUCCCAUGACAAUAUUAUAUGUGGUAUAACAUCGGUUGCCUUCUCCAAAUCGGGUCGUCUUCUGUUGGCCGGUUAUGAUGAUUUUAAUUGCAAUGUUUGGGACACACUUCGUCUAGAACGUGCUGGCGUUUUGGCUGGUCACGAUAAUCGUGUCAGUUGUCUUGGUGUAACUGAAGAUGGAAUGGCCGUAGCGACUGCGAUGAGUCAGAAUGGUACGACACCUACUACAGAUGAAAAGCGUACAUCGAUCACUAUACCUACUCCUUUAUUUGUCCCGAUGAUGCCUAUGUUUUUUCCUUAUGGUAAUACUAAUGCAACUGGACAACAUUUUUUUGCUCCAGCUGUUUAUCCUAACGUUUCACCAUAUCCAUCAACUGGUAAUCAUCGUCAUGGAAAUGUUGGACUUGGUUAUAAUGCAUUUUACAAUCCAUUUUAUCCUACUCCAAAUAAUAUUUUAUCUCCAGCAACACAUAUCACUAAUUCAGCAGCAUUAAUUCCACCACGUCCAUUAAUGCCGACACCACUGUUAUCGUCACAACAACUACAGCAUUCAUCAAUAGGCUCUCCAACUAUUGGAAAUGAUGUUGAACGCAAUAAAAACUUGAAUAUUCGUGAAUGUCAAUCACCAAUUAUAGAUCAAACAAAACAAGCAAAAAAUCCAAUAGUGAUUGUUGAUGCAAAUUCUAAUAAUACAGAACCAAGAACACGUAAAAAUUCAUCAUCAGCAUCAUCAUUUAUAUCUCGUUCAGAAUCGGAUCAAAUUCCUUUUCCAUCUUCAUCUUCUGUUCAAGACAUUGACUAUGAUAAUUCACAAGACGAUUUUUUAACAUUUAUCGAACAGAAAACUAAAACGAAGACAAAAAUGCCAGAAUUAAAUCCAUUUGCUAAUGAAUUUUGUUUCGGUAAUAAUAAAAAUCUUACUACAGAUUCAUUAAUAAUAACAAAUGGUAUUGAUCAUAAUACAAAUAAUGAAAAUCAAUCAUCGUAUAGAUUAUUAUUUGAUAAUUUAAUUGAAAAAAGUCUUGAAUCUAUUGAAGCUAUUAAAAAAUCAAGAAAAAAAACUUCUGUUAAUGAUAUAUCUAUUCAAUGUAGUUCAAUAAAUGAUUCUAUUAAUCGUUCAACACAAACUAUGGAUCAUACAAAUAAUUUUGAUAUUAUUGAAGAAUAUAGUUUUCGUACAAUUAAAUUAAUGGAUAGAUUACUUGCAAAUUUUCGAAAUGUAUAUCAAAAUGAAGUUCAUGAUGAAUGCAAAAUAAUGGCUCAUACAUGUGAUGAAUUACGUCAUUUAAUUUUAUUUAUUCAUCAUACAAUAUCAACAUCACAUAAUGAUCAACAAAAAACCUCAUCAAUGGAUUUAGAUAAUCCAUUUAGUAGUAUGAUACAAGAUCUAGCACACGAUAUGAAAAAUAGUAAUAGAUAUCAAACAUUAUCACAACUUGCACAUAGUACCGGACGAGGUACACGUCGUCUAAUGACAUCAUCUAGUAACUCACCAGUACCAUCAUUUUCUUGUCGUCAAAUUGAUCAAACAACAAUAGCUCAAUCAAAAUUAUGUUUACUUUGUCAUAGACCUAUAGGUGAUAGUGAUGAUUUUAUGCAUACACUAUGUCGAUCGUUAGCAUCUUGUCCAAAUAUGUCCGCUGAUACAUAG